AUGGUUAAGAUUAGUGAUCUUCAGUCUCUAGCUCUGUACCUGAUUGCCGAUGGAAACGCUCCUCAGUGGAUAGCUGUGCGCCAUCGCAACUCUGUGCGAAGAGUUGUGAUCCUCGCCGUGCCCGGCCUCGAGCUUGGCAUGCUCAAGGGAAGUAUAAAUGGUUCUAGUGCCAAUCCAGACAUUAAAGAAAGCACUGUAGGUGCCACCUCCACAGAGACAGAACAGACACCAUCAAAACCGCUGGCCGAUUGUUUUGCCCACGCCUGGCCUGUCAGAAACCCAGGUGAUGAUAAGUUCAAUCGCAUACAUUCAUCUCUGCAAGCUAUGCUCACUGUCCCCUUGCCUAAAUCUAAAGAGGACAAAAAGAACCUGAAAGGACCCAAAACUCCUCGAGAAAGCCUCCAAUGGGAGAACAAGAGAACAAGCAUCACAGAAUUCCUUACGUCAGUCAACGAUCUCCAGGAAAAUGACUACGUGAUUCACCCGGCAUAUUUGCCAUCGGAAGAAGCAAAAGAGAGCGCUAUGUCUGAUAGACGUCGUAUGGGCCGAGGCCCUGACGAUGGCUGGGUGGACACACAUAUCACGAGAAUCGAGGAUGGCAAUGUCUGUGAUAGUGAGAUCCAGCAAGGUAGCAUUACGGCAGGCCGCACAAUCUUCGCUCUUGACUGCGAGAUGUGCAUGACUAGCGAUUCCAAAUUCGAGCUCACCCGCAUCAGUAUUGUUGGAUGGGAUGGCUCUGUUGUCAUGGACGAACUUGUAAAACCAACAAACCCUAUCACCGACUAUGUUACUCCAUACUCUGGCAUGACGAAGGAGCUUCUUGAUCCAGUCACCACCACGCUCGCAGAUAUUCAGGCACGUCUACUCGAGCUUCUCACGCCCCAUUCGAUCCUCAUCGGACACUCUCUGAAUUCCGAUCUCGAAGCACUCAAGCUUACUCACCCCUUCAUCAUUGAUACAUCCAUCAUCUAUGCACACCCACGUGGGCCACCACUCAAAUCUUCGCUCAAAUGGCUAACGCAGAAAUAUCUCUCACGCGAGAUUCAGCUGGGCCACGGUGCUUCCGGGCAUGACAGCAUCGAAGAUGCGCGUGCAUGUCUCGAUCUGGUCAAACAGAAGUGUGAGAAGGGGCCCAAAUGGGGAACCAGCGAGGCAUCGGGGGAAUCGAUCUUCAAACGACUAUCAAGAACGCCUCGACCGGGGGUUAUAGAUAGCACGGGUGAACCGCUGAUGCGCAAGGGCGCAGUUGUGGACUGGGGCGAUGCUAGGAGAGGCGCUGGCGCGAAUGCUGACUUGUGCAUUCCAUGCGCCAAUGAUGCUGAGGUUGUUGAAGGAGUACAGAAAGUGCUGAAGGGCGAUGCAGAUGCAGGGCCUGCUUUGCGCGAGGGCGUCGACCUGGUUUGGGCGCGCUUCAGGGAGCUUGAAGCCGUCAGAGGGUGCGAAACUUCACCUUCAGACGUCCCCCUCCCACCGACACAAGCAGCACUCUCAGCCGCCAUUUCAUCGACAGUAAACAACAUCGCCGCACUCUACGCGCGUCUACCACCCUGCACCGCCCUCAUCGUGUACUCCGGAGCGGGCGAUUGCCGCGAGGUCUACCGCCUCCAGGCCAAACAUAAGCAGUACAAGCACGAAUACGCGACGAAGAAGUGGGACGAGCUAAGCGUGAAGUGGGACGAUAGUGACGAGCAAGCACUGCGGCAGGCUUGCAAAAAGGCUAGAGAAGGAGUCGGUCUUGUUUCGGUGAAGUGA